AUGCCCCCAGCCAUUAUAUCUGCCGACCCUCAAGAACGAGAUGAGACCAAGACAGAGAUGGACGCCGGAGAACCGCUAAACAAUGUGCAGAAAGAUGGCGUAACACUCUGCGGAACGGAAUUAACAACUCGCCUCUUACAAAGGACGAACGUAACGAGAUUGACAAACUACAUAACAUACACGGAUCAAAGUGGAGUCGUAUUUCUGCUUACUUUCCUGGUCGUACUUCCCGAAUUAUCCGAAACUACUGGCAUUCUAGCCAAAGACGCAUUCGCCAGAAGAUGUCCAUCCGACGAUUGUUGA